AUGGCCAUAUCUGCUAGAGCUCCUUUUCUUUGCGCAUUCGCACUGCAAUUGAUAUUGUUAUGCCGCGCUGAUCUGACUCCAGAUGUUGAAGCAGUGUCGAGCACCGCAAAGGCGGGACUAGCAUGGCCCAACGGACCAAAUGACGACAUAGAGCAGUACACUACUACAGGGAAGGUGCAAUGGUGCGUGACGCGCUUGCUUGAGGUAGCAAAGCGACUGAGCCAAUCUGUCAGGUAUUACACAUGGAGCCCCGACGGCUUCCAGAGUAACUUGGAGUUCGUACCCAUGUUCUGGGGCACGAACCAGAUAGGUGACUGGAACUCGAACAUCAACAAUACCAUCCAGACUCUGAACGUCACGCACGCACUGGGUUUCAACGAGCCACAAGAAGUCAGCCAGUCGAACAUCUCUCCUUCAGACGGCGCAUCGGCGUGGAAGCAGUACAUUGAGCCGCUGAAACAGCAGGGCAUCAUGCUCGGCAGCCCCGCCCCGAGCUCUGCGCCUUCAGGCAAGACGUGGCUUUUACAGUGGCUUGAUGCUUGCGCAGGAGGAUGUACGGUUGAUUUUAUCGCGCUGCACUGGUACGAUAUCAACUCGACGGCGUUCAUGGAGUACCUAGAAGACUUCUACUCCACGUUCCAACGACCAAUAUGGGUUACUGAAUGGGCUUGUCAGAAUUUCAACGACGCAAAUGAACAGUGUUCCCUGCAGGACAUAGUCAACUUUAUGAACGCCACGCAACAGUUCAUGGAUACCACUGACUGGGUGCAGCGCUAUGCGUGGUUUGGGGCGUUCACGAAUCUGCAAGGUGUCAACCAGGACGACGCGCUUAUGAACUCCGGUGGACAAAUCAACACUCUGGGGGAACAGUAUAUUGGGGCGGUCACACCUAAUGUCAGCUCGAACUACCAGCCUGGAGUAGUGCAUGGUGGAAAGGGGAGCUCAUCCACCGGUUCCGCUGUACGGACGACUCUCAGCCGAACCAUGCCGCUUCUGACAUUGGUCGCGUUUACGUGUGCCCUAUUAUAG